CAUAUUAUCCAAGUCCAUUAGUACCCAAAUCCUCUUAAGACAGUUCCGUACAGAUUUUCUCCUCCAUUUCUCUCUCUCUCUCUCUCUCUCUCUCUCUCUCUCUCUCUCUCUGGUUUCUUCCAGCUCCCCGAUUUCAAACUCGCUGCAGAUUCAGCUAUAUUCACUUCGAAUUUUACCCACUCAUUUCAAUUUUGCAAUUGUUUCGAAUUUUGAAGGCAGAGGGUAUAUUGGAUUUGCGGUGUAGAAUAUUGAUGGCUGCGAGCGCGAACCCCUCGGCGGGUAAUAAUAACAAUAAUAGUGGUGGUCAAGAAGGCACCAGCAAUGCGAAUGGCGCCACCAGUAAUGGUCUCUCCGUUCCGGAAAAUUCUGUGGUUGGCCCCACACAGGCGGCUCUACGACACAAUCCAGGUCUUGCCGUCGAUUGGACUCCCGACGAACAGUCUCUCCUCGAAGAAUUGCUCGCCAAAUAUGCAACAGAAAGCAACAUAUCUAGGUAUGCUAAAAUUGCAAUGCAGUUAAAAGACAAGACUGUUCGAGAUGUAGCAUUGAGAUGUAGAUGGAUGACUAAAAAGGAGAUUGGGAAGCGCAGAAAAGAUGAUCAUAACUCAAGGAAAAAUAAAGACAAAAAGGAAAAAGUUACAGAUUCUAUGCAAAAAUCUACCCAUGUUGCUAAUCGUGCAAAUGGUCCUCCCUAUGCUCAAUCUGUUAUGUCAAUGGACAGUGAUGAUGGAAUUUCCUACAAAGCCAUUGGUGGUACCACCGGACAGCUUCUUGAGCAAAAUGCUCAGGCCUUGGAU